UCAAGUAACAUCGUACAUGAAGAGAAGCAAAAAGCGCCGAGAGCAAUCAGAGUUUUAUCUAAAACUUGUCAGAGCAACCUACUGAACACAGAAAUUAACAAGUCAGAGAGUCGCUUUUCUGUCACGUUCGUAAAUGUACACACAACGUUGAGUUAUUUUGUAAAUUUUAUCAUUAUUUAGUAGUAACCUAGUAGACUCUUAACAAAUUGUCACCAAAAGUUACAAAGUUUUUGUCUGUGAAAAUAAGGAAGAAAACAUCGACAUUCUUGUGUGAUAUACUGAAUCCAGCUGAGCGCUCUUGAGUAGAGAAAACCGAGUUUUCCCUUCCGACGAGCAAACUGAAACGCAGAGAAGAAAAUCGAUGAAAAACGGAAAAGUGUGAGCCAAAUCACGGAAGUUCGAACAGAAGAAGUACGCCACGCAAGAUAUGCUCGAGCGGAACUAACAAAUUGGUUCGAAAGGCUGUCGCGAAUACUUAGGAUUUUCAAAUUUUACUCAACAAAUACUGAAAGAAAGUUGAAAAUCAAUUGGAGCAACAAUAAAUAAUCACUACACAAAAAAAUACAAAUGAUUAUUUGAAACGAGCAAAAAAAAGUAAUAUUUAAAAAAUUACAAGUUAAUGAAAAAAAGUGAUAAUCAAGUGCUGUGAAUUACAAAUAAUAAAUUUUAACCGUAAGCUAAAGUAAGCGAGAAAGAAGUCGAAAUAACACAAGUCCUUGCAAAAAAAAAAACAACGGAGCGAAAGAAAACGCGAAAAAACAAGCAAGCCAAACGAAAGAAGUCAAGCGAAGCAUACAACAGUGAACGCUUAACAAGAGCACCAGUGAAGCAAACAUCUCCCUUGUAUUUAUGAGUGCGAAUUUUGCUGCCAUUGACGAUCUGGUUGAAGAGUUUCUGAAAAUGGAACUCAUUUCCGUUCCUCCGUAUCCAGGCCAAUUGGGUUAUCUAGGAUCAAACAAAGUCAACGAUUUCCGAACACCGUUGAUGCCGAUUCCGGCUAGCAGUAACAAAGCCUCCAAUCAACGCCAUCAGGCACAGCACCAGCAGCAGCCGAGCAGUCAGCAGGUCGGUCAGCGCAAUCAUCACCACCAUCACCACCAUCAUCAUCACUAUCAGCCGUCGCAGGAGAACCAACAGGAACCGGCGACGAUAGCGCUAACCGCGUCCCCUCACGAGGAUGCCCUGCAAGCGCUGGCCGCCCGGCUCGAGUCGGAACUGCGCACUGCCAAGAGGCGGCAUUUAGUCUGUACCGAAGUAUUACUCCCAGCCGAUCUUCUGCCCCGGAUAGCAUCCCAGAUGUUCGAACUAUCCGAGAAGGAACCAUGCGGCAUUCGAGGUUGCACGGUUUACAUCGAGUUCGAGGACGAGCCGGACAAUAGCAGACGGAUCGCAACGAUGAAAACCGAUCCCACGACAGUAUCCACCUUUGAGCUUUAUCUCACUCUUCGGCAAGACAGGAGCGGAUGGACUUCAAUCUUGCCACAGUUUCUCAAAAAUCUAGCCCGUGGCAGCACAAUCAUGAUCAGUCCGGAGUUUGCGUUGACCAAGAACAAACUGUACCACACGUACUCCGACUAAAGCGCGAACCCGCGAGUGAUUCUCUUUCAUCCACCGCCAACCCAUCGUCCCGUCGUGUUUGCAGUUCCGGCCGAAACUACCCCCCAGGUCGGGGCUAGUUCUCGCGGAAAGCGCACUCAGAGCAGAGCAACUAAAGGUAGGAACGAUUUUUCCAACUCUUUCCAACCAAAAAAACAAACAAAAAAUCAUCAUCUGUGAGAUAAUUGGGAAAAGAAAAAGUCAAACAAGUCAAAGCCUUCCGCCGGCAUCCGCUAGAAGCGGACCUCGGAGGGCACUCGAAGGGCUGCGUUACGCUGCAUGAAAACUACAAAACAACAGCUAUUUUUUAAGUAUUUUAUACACGUAAAAAAACAACAUUUCGGCGCGUCGUGUGAGGGCAAACUAGUAAAACCAGAACAAACUAUAUAUAUAACAAACAAAACAACCAAGUGAUGUUAAUGUGUAGAUGACGCUAAUUAAACAUUUCUGUAUAAUGUAGCCAGCCAGCAUAAAAAGCAAAAUCUCUCGUCUUUUUUAAUUUUUUGUGUAUAGAAAGGAAAAAAAUAAAAAAUGAUACAAAGAUACAAAUAAUUCGUCGCCAUUGUGAGAGUUUCGAGUUUAGGAGAAAGACGCAACAAUAAAAAAAAGAGCGCAAAACAAACCCUGUGUAUAGAGUUGAAACAAACAAACAAAAAAGAAGCAAACAACCAGCUGGACAUCGAUCAGAGCAAACCAUUUUCGUUUUUCGUUGUCGGUGUUUAUGAGCAGUUUAACAGAAGUAGUAGAAGAAGCAAGCCUUGAAUUGAAUUAUAACCACAACAACAACAAACAGCAAACAGCAGCAUAAUAGUAACCACCAUAUUGGAUUUAGAGAAGAAAAAAAACCUAAUUCAGUCGUAGUAGUCGUCGCCUCCGCCGACGCCGAUUUUUGUUGAGAUUUUUUACCUUUUCUAAUUUUUUUGGUACUGCAUUUUGAAUUGGUUUUUUUGCCUAAGUUUUCACCUCACACGCUGAGUUGCACACUCGGAAUUGGAGUAUCUUUAAUUUCCCUGUUUGUUACAAGUUUAAAACAGUUUUUUUCCUUUUUGUAGGGUUUUAAAAAAUUUAAUUGUUCGAUGGUUGAUUGUACACUGUUUAGGAGUGACAAAUUGGUAGGCAGCACAGUUACCGCUUUUCCUGAUUUGUUCGGUGUUUUUUUUUCAUUCGUGCUUAAUAUUAUGCCUUUCAUGAACUUCGAUUCGGAAUGUAGAAUGUUCCUAUAAAAUUCAAAAUUUGCAAACAACCUAAAAUCAAAAAGAGCGGUGGGUUAGGAAGAAUGGUGCGGAGGAAACAAGAAGAAACCGAUAAAGCAUUUGUGAGAAAUCCUUUUUAUCGAAGGUUUAUUAAGGUUAAGCCAGAAGUUAUCAUAUUUUUUGAAGGAUAUUUUCCGUGUCUUCGUCUCUGUGUAUAAAUUAAUAAUUAAUUAUUAGUUAAUGAGCGGGGAAUUUGUGAUAUUUGCGCUAAUUAAGAAGUUCUGUUCUGUUCUCUUUUUUGCAAGCAAAAACAAAAUUCAGCAAGAAUGGCAACCAUGCCACCGGAAGCUUUUGAGCCGACAUUUUCUUUUUUCUUCUGCAAACUUCUUUUUUGAUCUCAGAUUAAAUAAUCGUGUAGUAGUAAUCAUAAAUUAUCCAUACAAACAAAACUAACGGUUAAACCAAUAGAAACAAAUGGCUUUUUGAUUUGUGUGAACUUAUCUUCGUUACGACGCGGCGCGUCUCCGGAGAAUCUGGUCGAUACAAACAUGCAAAAAUAUACACUCGUAAAACACACAAACACAGACACACACUCACAGAUAUAUCAGAGACUAAUCAUCAAAUUAGAUGCUGUGGAACAAAAAAAAAAUAAACACAAAUAUCAAUUAUUAAAAACCCUCCUUUUCUACCGUAAAAAAAAACAACUUCUAAAAACCGAGCACACAUAAACCGAUCUAAAAACUUUGUCAUAACCACAACAACAACAAUAAAUGGUUUUCAAAUUAACCCACAACCGAUGCUGAUCUUUAAUUAUCAUUACUAUUACAGUGUCAUUGUUUGUUACAGCAAGUAUAUAUUGAAGUAUAUAUCUUAUACGUGUCUGUAGUAGUUAUCAACAAAUUAUUAAUAUAUAACAUAUAAAACCACAAAAAAGCCGUAAACAUAAAAAUUUGUAUAAAUUGAGCGAUUAAAUACUCAACAAAGAAUUUGACCCAUUUUCCAAACUUUUUACCAUUCUGUUGUUAGAAAACCAAUGUGAAAUGAUUACGAAUAUAGUACAUAAUCGAGCGCGACAAUUUUCCAACAGCAGCGGCCGGCCACUUCUCGAGUGCUACUUUUCCAGCUCCGCCAAAGUCUAAUGCAGACGGUAAAAUCAGUCCCCUUAAUUUUUUGUUGGGAAAAUUCGUCCUUCUGUCCCCCCUCGAUUACAGAGAGGAUGAGUUCCCUACUCAUAAAAAAAAUUCGAGCAAAAAACAACCACCAGCACAAUCGGAAGAAAAGGAGCACACACUAUAAUACUUGAUCAGUUGAAGAAUUAACCGCCUUUUCGGACGAUAAAAAUGAAAUCUUUUACCAUCCCCCUGGCAAUACGGUAACGCCGUUUCGAAGCUGGAAGGGUAGCGGGCGAGAAGCAAAUCCGCCCCAAAGCCGCUCUGCUGGAAUUGAUUUAUUUUUUCCAACCCCUCCCCCCAGAACCGUUGUCGCCUUCGAUUUCGCGAGCUGUCCCACCAUUGUGAUUUUUAAGUAUAAGUUUAUAGGCCGGUCAAAUGGAUGAAAAAAAAAACAAACAAAAUGCGCUGUGACAUUCGGCGAAGAUCCUUCGCCCGAUUUGUCCAGCGCUGAUCGGAGUAAAAGUAAAAGUAGGAGAAGAAGCAGAAAUUCGAUACAAUAAUAUGGUAAAGAAAAGAAAUAAAAAAUACAUGCAGAAUCGUGAUUAGGGAGUAAGAAUUUGAUGGAGAAAAAAAAUCGCCGACAAACCCGCUCUCAAUGAGAAUGAAUAUUAUUAUUACGAAAAAAAAAAGUGGAUAAGUGAAAUGUUUGAUACAAAAAAAAAAUGUGUGUGUGUUUUUCUAUAUUUAUAUAUAAUAUAUAUCGUAAAAAAAGUAAACAAAAACAAAAUUUAAAGUAUUAGGAUUUUCAAAUUCAAUGAAUCGUAACAAAACAACAGAGCAACAAAUUUUAAACCAACAACCCAGCAAAAAAAAACCCCGAGUCAAGCGCACUCUCACCCUUCGCUUUUCUUGGUUCGUUCAAAAACGUAAAUCAGCAAUCAACAAACAGCCCGUACUACAUACUGGACACUAGGAUACAGUCGAAAUUUCUCCCCCUUCAUAUUUAUUUCCCCAGCCUUAAAUUUUAGAACGAAACAAACAAAAUGAAAGAUAAAGCAUCAUUAUUUAGUUGGAUAAUUGAACAACGAAAUUUUUCCCGUUUUCGACCGACCAGCGCGAAAAAGGGUUUCCGAUGAGUUCGUUCUUCCCGAUUCCCCCGCGGUUCCGUCGCGGUUUCGGUCGGAAAAGCGAAAAUCAUCGGAAGCGGAAAAAAAUCUCGUUUCACUAAAUUUCUCAAAAAUGUGAUAAACUCUUAGUUGGACAGGUGUGAAUAAUAAUAAUAAUAAUAAAUAUAAUAAUAAUAAUAUUGAGUAAAAAAAGUAUAGUAAUAACGGUUAUGAUCAAAACAUCUAGAGAGACGCGAAAUCCAUAUCCCAGAUCAUGCGGCAGCAGAAAGCAGCAGACACGGAAAAAAAGUAGUUGUAAAACUCAAACAUUAAAACAUAAACAAAAAAGCAAACCGUAACGAAUACUGUAUGCAUGUAUUAGUAGUUUUUCGUAUACUUAUCAAAAGAAAAAAAAAGCAAACAAAAAAUAGAAAACAAAAAAUCAUAACAAUAUCAUAAACAUAAAUGAGGAAAAAUCCAAUAAAAAAAAAUCUAAAUUUUUCGUUUCGUUUUGACAAAUUUUGGAGUGGCGUACGCCGCGCCCCUCCCCCUCUCUUUUUUGUGCGAUGCUCGCUAGGUCCGACUCGCUCCUGGGGGUGGCCGGGGGCUCGGGGCCCACUCCGCCGAGAAUAAACUGUUUUUAAUUUCCCUUGUAUUAGUAGUACUAGCGGAAGAGAGAAGCACAACGUGAUCAAGUAAUGUUAAAGAAGAAAAAAGAGGACUAAAACCUUACAAAAAAUACAUGCUUAAUGUGUAUAUGUGUACCUAUACAUAUAUUCAAAUGAAAAAAAAAUACAAAUCUUUGUAGACUGUUAAGGAUUUAAUCUCGUUCAUAUCCAGCAGCAGCAGCAGUAAACGAACAAUACAAAUUAUUACACACACACACAGAAACACACACACAUACAUACACAUACACACACACAUAAGUAGGGUAGAAGUUUUUUUCUCUCACCUUUGUUCAGUUUUUUACCUAUCAAAAAAACAAUAGGCAACACAAAUCUUUACGUUUAUCGGACAGCAUCAAAUCGUGAGGGGGUUUCUGAGCAGCACUCACGAGCAUACGCUCUCGCGUGCGUAUUUCUCUCCUUUCUAAGGCGUUUUGUUUCACUCGACUGCUCCCUCAUCCGUGCGAAAUAUUAGAGAGGAAAAAAAACCGAUCGUGUACAAAUAUAAUGGAUAAUAAUUGUUAAUUUUUAUUAGCUAGGAUUGGUAGGAUUUACUAGGUGUAGCGCAAGCGAGCGAGCGAAAGAAGAAGAAAAAAAUCUAUUUUUUUUAUUACAACUGCUUAUGAACCAGCGAACACAACUCUUUCCCCUGCGGCACGGUGCGAGCAGCAGUGCGAACACGGUGGCAGGAGGAAGGGUCCGGGCGAUGCUAAGUACAUAGGCUUUCUUUUUUAUUUUAAUCUACAAACGCACUCGACACGUUUCGGUUCUGGCAAACAGCAGCAACGGUUGAGCUGUGCGUACUGGAUUUCGAGAGAAACGAAAACGAAAGCGAAUUUCAUCAUUAAAUUUUGACAUUUGUUAGUGUGAUCUUAUGAGUAGUGUUUUUUUGUGCUCCCCUUUUUAAAUCUGUUUUUAUAUUUUUUUGUCUUAUAAAAUUCAAAAUACAAAACACAAAGUCAUAGUCAUUUGUUUAUAUUUUUACUUUGUUAUUUAGUCAUGUUCAUUUUUUUUUUGUUUUUUAUUGUAAAUGUUUACACUUAAGUUGAUUCGCAUAGACAGGACGGUUCCAUCUUGGGAACGUUCUCAGCGUGAUAUUUGUGAUUUAAUGUGAACGAGAGCGACCACACGAGCAAGAACAAAAGCAGACAAUACAACAGGCGAGAGCGAGCGAAAGAGAAACCCCUCAGCGAAGACGCGAGUGAACCAGUGAAGCGAGCGACUCGCGAGAUGAAUUUUUUUUUGUUCUGUUUAUAGUUGAUACAAUAAUCAGUAUUUCAGUUCGCAGUUCGUUUGUCAUUUUGCUUUUCUUUUUGUGGUUAAGUGAAAAAACGAUUUAGUAAUAUCAAAUCGAAGCCCUCCUUUUGCGAGCGGACGUUAAUAUCUCUUAAGUUGUUUCCAGUGCUUUUUGGCCUUUCGUUGUACCGGCUGAAAGGCUUGGAAGCAGACAAGCAAAUUCGAGCCAAAUGUUCAUUCCAAGUUUUAUUGCCAAUGAAACUUUACUGAAUUUGGUUGAUUCGCCCUUCGUGCCAUGCACGCGGGUGGCAUCUUAAGCGAAACCGUGAACUAUCCGACCGGCUGGAAGCUUUUGCAAUCGAACUACUUAAGCGCAAAAACAAGCUACUUAACCAGCGUUGGAUGGUUUUCUAGAGGUUUUAAUUGCUCCGCGAUAGUCGACCUUUAUUGCAGAUGUGCACGAAGGAAACCGAAAACUGAACAGCUACACACAACAAACGAGAACGAAAAGCUAGUUUUUGUUUUAGGUUAGGUUUUUGAAUUAACUAGGUAUCUACAUUUAAUAAUAAAUGAGAAAGAAACGAGCAGAAGAAAAAGAAAAUCAUUUUUUUAUUGUGCAGGCAAAGAAAAUUGCGAAAAAGAAGAGAACAUUUGUAAUGGCAAGAAAAAUACAAAACAAAAUAUUAAGUGAUAGUAUCUAAAAGUGAUAAUAAUUAAGAAACAAAAAAGUAAAAAUAACAAUUAUAAUCAAGCAAGAAAAUACAAAUAAUAUUAAUUCUAAUGAAACACAUUAAUUAUUAUAUCAUUUGUAACAACAACAGAGAAAAACGAAAAUGUGUAAGGCAUACCAAUGGAAACAGUAAAUAUAGGAAUCCACCGUUUUAAAAUAAUAUUUUCUCUUUCUGUGGACAUAAUUGAAGCAAACACAAAAUGUAUUAUGAAGAAAAAUACGAAAUACGAAAAAAAUACAAUAAAUAAAAAUCUCAAAAGUGAAAAAUGAAACCAAACCUGUAUUCUUUUAUUUGUCUUGCGGUUUUUUUCUCCAGCGAUCCCUUUGUUUUAUCUUCGUCGCCUUCGUCGCACUCUCAUUUAUUUCUUCGCUUGUGUCGCUUGUGGUUUUUUGGUUUUCUCCAUCAUCGUUUGCUUCGGUUGCUGAAUUUUCUCCUCGUUUGGCCCACAAAAAAGUGUAAUCCAUCGGGGUCGUAAUCCGAAGCUAGUGCUAGUCAAUCCGAAAAGCGAUCGCCAUUGAUAAAAGACAGAAUAGAGAUGGCAAAAAUUUUUCCAAAUCAACAAACAAUAAGAGAGUGCCUCCGAUUCGCGAAAGCGACUUUCGUGAACGAAGGAAACCGAAGGUAGAGACAUUGCAAUCCAUUAUCAGAACCAUGGAAAGAGAGAAUAUUGCAAUCAGUCGUACAAAACUAAACAUACAUACAAAACAAAUCUACGUUAAAACUCACCGAGAACCGUUUCGGUGAUUGUGAAAGAGCAAUUCUAUGGACCGCUUAUGUAGUUGUCGUCAAAUCAACUUGUUCUAUACUUGUGCUCCCGUUUUCGAAGAGAGCGAAGAAUCCCACAAACAAACAAACAAACAAAGAAAGCUAGUUCGUAAGUUUGACAGAACAAACAAAAAAACUACUAGAAACUAAUCGCUGAUAAAAAUGAAAAGCAAAUAAUGGAAGAAUACAAAAACUUUUCCGCUAAAUGCAAGCGCCAUGUGAAAUCUAAAUGUCGAUACCGAAGCAAGCUUCGUACCCAUGAAAAUGAAGAUACAAAUUUGUAGCUCGUAAGAUUCGAUCACUCGAUUACUAAUGAUAAGUCAAGGGCAAACCUGAUAACUACAAAUCAUUACUCUAUUUACUUCUGAGUUUACUUAAGCCUGCUGAUAUCCCAUGUAGUCGUUAAAGAAAAAUGUUUUUCUUGUGAGAACUUUUUUUUUAUAUAUAUGAAAAAAUCCAAAAAAUUCUGUGAAUUUAAACGAUGAAGAAAAAAAAAAGCAAGAAAAUAC